CAUACAUGUGUUAUGUGUUUACCAACGUUACAGGCGCGACGAGUAACAAAUUAGACUGCUUUGCCGUGGUUCAGUCACUUCAGGAAAAUCUUUGUGCAUGCCUUCACUUUGCAAGUAAAUCCACCAUGCCUCCGCCAAAGGCUGAUGAUAAUUCCGACAUCCAGGCCUGCUUCGCAGCCAAGGAAUGGGCAAAGAUCAGCGAUUACGAAAGAAUUUGUCUCAAGAACAUCAAAGAAAAUUAUGAGAUGAUGAUCAAAGUUGGAUUACAGGUCAGGAAACCUAUGUUCUUGCGACGUCAGCACAGAAUCAAGAAAGAGAUCAAAGAGGAAAACGAUAGUGAGGAUGAGGAAAUGAAGUCAAGAGGAUUGGAGGUGGGUCAACCGAUGUUCAUGCAAAGUCUGCAAGGAAUAAAAAUAGAGGUCAAAGAAGAAAACGAAAGCGAGGAUGGGGAAACAAAGUCAAGAGGAUUAGAGGUCGGUCAACCCAUGUUCAUGCAACGUCUGCAAGGAAUGAAAAUAGAAGUCAAAGAGGAAAGUGAUGAUGGCCAUGAGGAAAUGAAGUCAAUCGAACCUUCUCGCAUAUCCACUGAUGAAGGUGAAGCUCCAAAACCAGAUACUAUUACAAGGGAGAGCAAGUCGCAAGAAGGGAGUUCUAAUCAUUACGCUAUUAAAGUAGAGACUGAGUGUGAUGAUAACGGCAAUCUGCUUGGAGAUGCACAUGUUACUGGAGGAGAGCAAAUCCUUGGACUCCGCGAAUGGAAGGACUAUGUUCAAGCUAUCCAGACACAAACCAAUCCAAGAUCAUCAUGUGAUCAGAGGUCAGGUGAUCUCAACACUCAGUCAUGUGAUGAGAAGAUGGAGCAAACCUUGACAGGUGACCAGGCUCCAAGGCAAUCGGGUGAUCUCAACACUCAGUCAUGUGAUCAGGAGACGGAACAAACUUUGACAGGAGCUUCAGGAGGCGACCGGACUCCAAAGCAAUCAGGUGAUCUCAACUCUCAGUCAUGUGAUCAGGAGACGGAACAAACUUUGACAGAAGGAGCUUCAGGAGGUGACCAGACUUCAAAGCAAACCAAAUCAUCUCGUGUGAAAAAGGAGGGCGAAGAUGGUGGAAAGGCUAGUGCCCUCUCAGAUUCUGGAAUCUAUAGAUGCAAGUUUUGUGGAUCACCCUAUGCUAUUCCUCUCAUCUUAGCGAGGCACCUCAAGUACAAGCACAAAAUAAAUGGUAUCUACAUGCCGUCGUAUGGAUCAAAGGAAGACAAUCUGCAGUUUGUUAGUGGAAAAAUACAAAAAAAUACAUGCAAAACUGAUGAGUGCACACUUGUUGAAAAAAGAAUAAUGCAAACAGGAAAUGAAGAAAGUAUGAUUGAUGGAAGCAAGUCACGUAGAGAGUUAUCUUAUCUAACAUUAUAUGGAGUAAGUCAUGAAGUUGAGAAACCGUAUGUAUGUGAUCAAUGCGGUGAGGCAUUUAAUCAGUCUUGUAAUCUCACCUUACAUGAACAAACCCAUGUAGGGGAGAGACCCUAUGUAUGUAAUCAAUGUGGCAAGGCAUUUAAAAGGAAAGAUCAUCUCGCAGUACAUAAGCAAUCUCAUACAGGUACAGGUGAGACUCGUGAGAGACCCUAUGUAUGUGACCAGUGUGGUAAGGCGUUUGUUUCUACAUAUGCUCUGAAAACGCAUAAACAAAUCCAUACAGGUGAGAAACCCUAUGUGUGCGAUCAGUGUGGUAAGACAUUUAGUCAUGAAUCUUAUCUAAAAGCACACAAACGAACCCAUGAAGGGGAGAAACCCUAUGUAUGCGAUCAAUGUGGGAAUGCCUACAAACGAGCUUAUGCUCUCACACUACAUAAACGUAUCCACACGGGUGAGAAACCCCAUUUAUGCGAAGACUGUGGCAAGGCAUUCUAUCGGAAAUCUCAUCUCGAAACGCACAAACGAAUCCAUACAGGUGAAAAACCUUAUGUAUGUGAUCUUUGUGGUAAGGCAUUUAAACAGACGGGUAGUCUGGUUGAUCAUAAACGGAUCCAUACGGGUGAAAAACCCUACGUUUGUGAUCGGUGUGGUAAAGCAUUUAUUCAAAAUCCUCAUCUCAAAAAACAUAAACGCACAUGUAUAAGUUAGAAAAAUAAUAAGAACAAUAAAAAUGAUAAUAA